UUUGAAACGGCGUUUAGCUCGUCCGGCUUCAAGUGGCGCUUUUAGGCUGAAGCUUAGGAUGAAGCAGAUGCUGAUCCUGGUGGCGCAGCAUCCGGUCAAAGUGGGGGCUACGGUGCUGCUGCUCAGCGUUUUCUACAGCUUUGCGCGCGUGUUGGCGCUGCAGUAUAUGGUGGGCGCUUUACAGGAUGCCAUAUUGCGCUAUCCCAAGAAUUUCCCACACGCUUUCUUCUUGCCGCUCUUCCACAUCUCACUGACCGUUGCAGCUGCUGCAGCAUUGUACCGAGACUACCGCCAUAGCCGUUUAUGGAGCUCCUCGACGUCGGCACAGCUUUGGAAACACGUGCUACCGCUGCCGCUCACGUUGCAUCAUGGCAAGUGGAAUCGGCUUGUCGGUAUUCCUCUUUAUUCAUUCAUCAUUGCGGUUGUCGACGCUGUACUGGUAUUCAUGGACCCGACCAUUGAAAGUGCGCCCACAACCGUCAUGAGGAGCUUUUUUCGACGGACCUCGGAGCUGGAGGAAAGACACUACCGACCGAGAUACGUUGAAGGCAUGAUGUUUCAAGACCGUGCAGAAAUGGUCGCGAGAAUAUUUACAGGUGGUGCCGCUGUUGAGGAGAGACCCACGACCAAUUUGUUUUCGUAUAUAAGACUACCAGUUGAGGUGCUGCUAGCUGCAGGAGUAUGUGCGAGCUUCGCGCUUGCGAGGUUCUUUCGUGAACCUCAACACGAUGGCGACGAAUUACGAGAAGCUGUUAGGAACAAUGACGUUCUAGGAGUGAAGCUGCUUCUUGCGCGGGGGAUGAAUCCAGAUGCAUGUUCAGGGGAUGGCACGACCGCACUGCAUGUUUGUGGACAGCAAGCAAUUGAUAGGGCAGCUCAAAUUCUUCUUGAGAACGGGGCAGAUGCUAACGUUUGCGAUCGACUUGGGUUCACGCCGCUGCAUUGGGCUGUACAAAUGCGACGAGAGGAAGUGUCCACUGCAAGUCGCUUAUCGACGAUUCGAAUAUUGCUGCAUCACGGUGCGGAUCCACGCAAACCCGACGCAAGCGGCACAACACCGCUACUAAUCGCAUCACGGAAAGAGAACGAAGCUUCAUUGGGAGUGCUAAAGGAAUUCUUGCCUGAAGAUGAGACCAGUGGAGAGGUUGAAACAACGGAAAUGAUAGACGAAGCCACAAGUGAAAAUGGCAAUUCUGAAUGAUCAACAACUUUAUUACUAGCGACUACUAAAUCCUGUAACGUCCAUCUCUACAACCUGCAGCAAGAUCAAAAACACAACGAAGGUCCUCAUUAUCACAUGGGGUUGCAAUAACUGUUAGCAAAACAGACGCGUACCAUUGUCAAAAUUCGCUCAAGCUCAGCUUUUGAAGCAUAAAGCGGUAAAUCCAGUCUGCACAAACGAUAACAAUCAGUGAAGAGAUGACAACUGCAGUAAAAGCAAUUAGCUUACCUGUUCAGGCAUGUGCUUGCGUGCGGUAAUACCGUGUACACGGUUGAAACAUCUUUUCCCAACUGAAUUGUGAAAAGCUGGAUCUCGCCAUCCAUUCCAGUGAGACCCUGAUGAUAAAAUAGGUGCGUGAAUACCAGAGCGUUAGCAGCACAAUGAAAGCGUCAAUCAGAUAGCCAACACUACCUUGAAGCCUUCGACGGGGACACCACUGGAGCCUGUUACAUACUGCAGUAGUCGACCGCGUUGGUCUUGAGAGAAGGACUCCAGGAC